UAAUUGUAACAGAAAAAAGUAAAAUUAUAAAACUACUCGCGUCUCGGCGAAGAGGCAGACGAACAUUCCGUCCCCAUUCCAUCGGUAACAAUGGAGGCGCGUCAUGCAUCUCUUGGUCGACGAACGUUGGAGGAAAUUCGCCAAAAGAGAGCGGCAGAGAGAUUGAGCAAAACCUCUUCGGGAGCAGAUUUAACCAAGGUUCCCAGCACCUCCGAGCUUGCGAACAAGGCCGAGAGCGGUAAUAGGCUCUCUGAGACAGAUUUUAGUGCUUUAUUGUCUCAACUGAAAGGUCUGCAAAACAAGAACACCGAGUUGGAGGAAGAAAACAGGAAAAUAACUUUGAAGCUUCAGACGAUGGAAACUGAUAAUGGUGCAAUGCGCAAGCAGUUGAAUGAUCUGGAGCAAAACACAGUGCCAUCUCUACGUAAGGCUCUGAAAGAUGUUGCAAUGGAAAAAGAUGCCGCAGUUGUUGCACGGGAGGACCUUUCAGCACAGCUUCGUACCCUGAAAAAACGUCUUAAGGAAGCUGAAGAUGAGCAAUAUCGUGCUGAGGAAGAUGCAGCAGCAUUAAGAGCAGAAUUGAACUUAAUUCAGCAGCAAUCAAUGACUAAUACAGUUAGCACAAUUCCAUCAUUUGGUAAUCCACCAGAUCAUUUUCAAAUUCAAAGAUUACAAAAGGAGCUAGAUGAUUUAAAACUGGAACUGCAGCGAGAAUCACUGUUGAGGCACCAGGAGCAGGAACAAUUAGCAAAAGAGCAGGCCCGCAGUGCCUCAUUGAUGUCUCAAAAUGAGGAGUUGGAAGAGAAACUUAAGUCAAUACCUAUAGUGGCUCCAGAAGUCUCAGAUCCAGCUGCUCCCAAAGCAUUUUCUUUGGAAGACAAGCAGAAACUUGAUAUCCGGUUGCAUGAUAUGGCUUUAGCUAUUGAAAGACUGGAAAGUAGUAGGCAGAAACUUCUAAUGGAGAUUGACUCACAAUCUACAGAAAUUGAGAGGCUUUUUGAGGAAAAUUCCAACCUUUCAAAUUCAUACCAAGAGGCAAUUCAAGCAUCUAUGAGAUGGGAAAACCAGGUGAUGGAGUGUCUUAAGCAAAAUGAAGAGCUUCGUGGGAUUCUAAAUAAUUUGAGAAACGAACAGGCUAGGGGCUUGCCAGACUCUUCUAAAAACGGAGCACAUGAGAUUCCUUCCUUGGGAUCAACAGAAGAGAUGACAUCUAUGAAGGGCCAACUUGUGAAGGAACAGAGGAGAGCAGAGGCACUCUCGGCAGAAGUCAUGCAGCUUUCUGCUCAACUCGAACAAUUCAAGCAAGCAUAUGACGGUCUUACACGAUUCUAUAGGCCAGUGCUGCGCAACAUUGAAAGCAAUCUCAUAAAAAUGAAGCAAGACACCUCUUUGGCUGUACAAUGAUGGCUAUGAGCAGUUGCAUGAUGAUAUUUCGGUUGUGAAUGUAAAGCCCUUGUUGGAAGACAUGAUUUUGCAAUGUCCACAGAAUUAUUUUUUACCAUUUGUUUCAAGGCAUUAUGAAUUUAUGGGGAUGGGUGUGGGAUAGAGGGCAUCAAACCCAUCUCCUCAUAAUAGAGAAAGCCACAUCCUUAUAUUAUAUUUUACCAAUUUAUCCCUGACUUUUAAUAAAUGAUGU